GAGGUAAAAGUUAAGUUGGUUGUGUUUUUUUUCUGCAGUUCUUGUCCGGAGGACAGUCUGAAUUGGAGGCAACGUUGAACCUGAACGCGAUGAACCAGGCACCAAACCCGUGGCACGUGUCCUGCUCCUACGCACGUGCUCUGCAGAACACUUGUCUGAAAACAUGGGGAGGCAGAGCUGAGAACGUGAACUCAGCUCAGACCACUCUUUUGGCUCGAGCCAAGGCCAAUUCAUUGGCUCAGCUCGGAAAAUACACCGGAGAAGGUGAGUCUGAAGAGGCUAAUGAGGGUAUGUUCGUCAAAGGCUACUCCUACUGAAGACAACAAUGUUGA